AUUGAUAAGGGCGUUCUAUCGAAUAUAGGUGAAAUUGCACCCGGGGUGCAUGUGGUGUGUCAUUUCGGUCAAUCAUAGUGAUCAAUGUCAAGGAUUUUCAAAUGGAAUCGAAAGUGAAAAAUUAUAUGUUCUAGAAACCCCCUCAGGUUAUAAUAUUUAAACACAGCCGAUAAGAAAGAGGAAUUUAAUUCGGCCACCCUAGAAGUGAGAGUUGCUUGUGAUGAUACGAGGAGUUAUAUCCAAAAUGCCAUUCAAGAGUAUUAAGGCCCGCCAGAUCUUCGACUCUCGCGGUAACCCAACCGUCGAGGUCGACCUGGUGACCGACCUGGGACUGUUCCGUGCCGCCGUCCCGUCCGGUGCGUCGACCGGUGUCCACGAGGCCCUGGAACUGCGCGACAACGUCAAGGCCGACUGGCACGGCAAGGGCGUCCUAAAGGCCGUCGAGAACAUCAACAAGACCAUCGCCCCGGCCGUGCUGAACUCCGGACUGUGCGUCACUCAGCAGAAGGAGCUCGACGAAAUGAUGCUGAAGUUGGACGGCACCGAGAACAAGUCCAAGCUGGGCGCCAACGCCAUCCUCGGUGUUUCGCUGGCCGUCUGCAAGGCCGGUGCCGCCAAGAAGGGAAUCCCACUGUACAAGCACAUUGCCGAAUUGGCCGGAAACGGAGACAUCAUCCUGCCGGUGCCGGCGUUCAACGUCAUCAACGGCGGUAGCCAUGCCGGUAACAAGCUGGCCAUGCAGGAGUUCAUGAUCCUGCCCACGGGUGCUUCGUCCUUCACCGAAGCCAUGAAGAUCGGCUCGGAGGUGUACCACCACCUGAAGAACGUCAUCAAGGCCAAGUUCGGUCUGGAUGCCACCGCCGUCGGCGAUGAGGGUGGUUUCGCCCCCAACAUUUUGGAGAACAAGGAAGCCCUGAACCUGAUCCAGGAUGCCAUUGCCAAGGCUGGCUACACCGGCAAGGUCGAGAUCGGUAUGGAUGUGGCUGCGUCCGAGUUCCACAAGGACGGCAAGUACGAUCUGGACUUCAAGAACCCCAACUCGGACAAGAGCGCCUGGUUGACCCCGGAUGCGCUGGAAGGUAUGUACCAGGGCUUCAUCAAGGACUUCCCCAUCGUCAGUAUUGAGGAUCCCUUCGACCAGGACCACUGGGAUGCCUGGGCAAAGAUGACUGCCAACACUAGCAUUCAGAUCGUCGGUGAUGAUUUGACUGUGACCAACCCCAAGCGUAUUGCCACUGCCGUUGAGAAGAAGGCCUGCAACUGCUUGCUGUUGAAGGUUAACCAGAUCGGUACCGUGACCGAGUCGAUCAACGCCCACUUGCUGGCCAAGAAGAACGGAUGGGGCACCAUGGUGUCGCAUCGUUCCGGAGAAACCGAGGACACCUUCAUUGCCGAUCUGGUCGUUGGUCUGAGCACUGGACAGAUCAAGACUGGUGCCCCGUGCCGAUCGGAACGUUUGGCUAAGUACAACCAAAUUCUCCGCAUCGAGGAGGAACUCGGCUCUGCCGCCAAGUUCGCCGGCAAGAGCUUCCGUCACCCGCAGUAAAUGUUCCAGUCUUGUGUCGAUUAAACUUAGCACAUACCAUUUGAGCGAGUAGUUCAUAGUCUGUCACUCUCUAACCCUCAUAAAAAGCAACAAAAAGAACGUUAAACCUGUGGAAUACUACCUGUUAUAAUCACGUAAGUAGUGUGUGUGUACACGCUCCGGCAUCGUUUAUCAGGAGCUUUUGCAAAUUGGCUUUCAUGUUUUUGUUGGAAAUCAGGUUUUUAAUCAAUGCCCACUAGCGGGGACCGAACAUCCCGAGCAUAAUCCGAGUACCUCCGUAUUUAAGUCAGGAACCUUGUAGGAGGAUUUUAUCAAAAUUUACCACUAUGAUUGUUACUGUUAAAUUAACAAAAUGAUACUGAAUAAGAAGUAAGAAUGAAAUACAUGAUUAGUUGAUAAAUACACAACAGACAAAACCAA